AUGGGAAAAUUUUCCGACUUUUCCAUUUUUUACUUCGUCUUUCUUUUAAAUUUCUGCCUCUACAAAAAUGGCAUCCAAGGUUACAGUGUUGCCAAUGAGGUAAAGACCAGUUUUAGGAAUGGCACCUCGAAUAAUGAUCAUAAUGAACAGACGAAGAAAGCGUUAGAUGGACGCAACGGAACUCGUCAGAACGUUCGUACCCAUGCUAGGCAUUAUCACGGGGCAGUGGUGGGCUCAGCCUGGGUACACAAUUUGAGAAAUUCGUCCAUAAAGGGAAACGCGGAAGAAGAACCUGGUGAGGAGAGUCCUGUGUUUCCACCAGGGACGCCAAGGACAGCGACGGAGCAACCGGGGCAGGGACAAGAGCAGGAGCUAGAGGAGGUGGAUGAGACAAAUGUUCAGAACCCUAGGGUAAAUAAUCCAGGAGAGAAGGAACUCAACCUUCCGAUGAACAAUGAAAAAGUGAAGAUAGAACUGGAGGAGCAUGCGGAAACUUCAAUGAAUGACAUAGAGGAAGAAGUUCUGGAGGAAAUUUACGAAGAGAGCGACGAUAACGAAGUCGAGGAAAAAAGUGACGAGGACACACAAGACGACAAUAACGACGAUGUAGAUAACAAUGACGACGAUGAGGAUGUAGAAGUUGUAUUUCGAUAUGACAAUGACGAAGAAAUAGAAGAGAGAACGGAGGAACAGGGAUUGCAUUCCUUACUGAAUGAUGAAACUAUACAUAUGAUCCAUUUACAGGAAUAUACAGACAUUGAUGAGGAGAAAGAGAAAGUAGAAGAGUUAAUUCAAUAUAUGACAAAUUCGCUGGAAGAAAAUGAAGAGUUUGUGGAUACGCUUAACGGUUUUUCAUCCGAUAUGACUAUGUAUUUGCAGAAUUAA